AUGAGACGUGGAGUGGUGGCCUUCGUAGCUAUUAAGGAGAUCCUUGUGGCGCCCCUGAUAAGGCCCUUCCGAGUCGAUAUCAGCCUGGAAAAAUAUAUGCUGGAUUGGCUGAAUGUGGUGGCGGGUGCGAUUUCGCACCGUCUCGACUAUGGUGACGACACCAAUCGAUAA